AUGUCACCGCGAACGCUCAGCGCCGACGAAACCUCUCCCAUAGUCACAAGCUCGCAAUCCCACAACAACCAGGACUACAAAUCCAUAUCGCCUGAUAUGCGUGCGCGCGACCACUCCUCCACCACGAAAGCCGCAAACCCAUCUCAAGAUCCGAAUGGCGCAUCUUCCAUACCUCAAGAAUACGCGGUUACAGAACAUGGUGCACGACAAGAAGGCACGGCAGGUAACUUGCAACCAGCGACCGACCAGAGACGAUCAAAAGGUCAUACCACCACGGAGCGCGCAAGAAGCGCAGAGAGAGAAGCGGCAGCGGUAGAACGACGGGAAAAGGGUUGGUGGAGCGGGUUCUGGGAAAAGUACGGCAGCGUGGAACUGGACAACAAGGGUAGUGUUGCGAGAGACCAUUUGGCCUUGGAACGCACUUUCUUAGCCUGGCUCCGAACCUCCCUUUCUUUCGCCAGCAUCGGCAUAGCAAUAACGCAACUCUUCCGCCUAAACACAUCCCUAUCAAACUCCCCAGAUGCAUCCCACACGUCCUCUCCACAAGCCAAACUGCGGCACUUGGGAAAGCCGCUCGGCGCAACCUUUAUUGGUAUUUCCAUCUUGAUGCUUUUGAUAGGUUUCCAUCGGUACUUUGAGGCCCAGCAUUAUGUUAUACGGGGCAAAUUUCCUGCAUCAAGGGGGAGCAUUAUUAUAGUUAGUGCGAUAGCGGGCGCGCUGAUAGCCAGUUCGCUCAUCAUCAUAGUGGUUACGGCGCCGGGGGCGUUUGAGAGUUGA